UUCACGAUUUGUUGGGGUUUUCUGAAAAUCCUCCUAUAUUAAAGUACUUUACAUGUAGUUUUGUCGACUAAACUGGUUUUAAAACUAAAGUAAACGUUAUUGGGAUGACCGCUAAGACUACUAAAUUACGAGAAAAGUGCCGCUUUUGUCUGUGUUCAGAUGAUCUUUUAUCUUUUUCGGAAGCAUUAAAUACCGCAUUCGACUUCGAAGAUGUUCGGCAUUUCACCGGCAUUGAGUUAGCUAAAGAUGCAGACAUUGCAGUUUGCAAUGAGUGUUGUACAGCAAUCAACGAAUCAAAGAAUUUCCGGCUCACUUGUUUGCGUAAUGAUUCGAUUUUUAAAAAGCUUAUGUGUCUAGGCAAUAGAAGUCCUACGCACAAUAUAACAGUAACAUGUGCUGCUCCAAAGGACGAAGUGAAGAGUGAACAUGAUGUAAUAACAUUGGACGAUUCGGAAUCCGAUGAAUCUGCUUCGCAUUUGGGGCAACCUGUACCAGACGACAAAAAUAAUACUUUUUCCCAUGACGGAAACCAAUCGAUUAUUGAACACAGAAAAACCGAUACCUACGAACAAUCGGGAUACGGGUCCGAUACCGACGGACAUUUCGGAAAAUUAGAUGGGAAUGAUUCCGAUUAUUCUAUGCCUUCUCUAUACGAUGAAGCUAUUCACAAACCCUCGAACGAUGGAGAUAUGCAACAAUCCUUGAACGCUGAGUCGAUGAUCGGAACCAAAACGGAGAAAAGUGCAGACUGUGCCACUGACGAUUAUAUAGAAAAGGCAAAAACGGAUUGCACAUGCAUCAGUCGCAACAAAGAAUCUUCCACAAACUGGUCAAAAAGAAAAAGAAUAGAUCUAGAUCCCAAUGACUCGGAUGAUUCUAUAACUUCGCUUUACACUGAAUGCAAUAGAAAACGUUCUGGUCCGUACUUUAUACUUACUGUCUGUCCAGUGCAUGCCAGUAGUAGCCAUGAGACUUCUUUACGGCGUUAUCAUGUAUUAUGUCAUCUUUGCGGAGCUAUCGUACAAAGUUUAAAACGCCAUUUAGAAGGUUCUCACAACGGUGAAAAAACGAUUGCAUGUCCACACUGCCCGAAAAAGUUUAAGGAAAAUUACUAUCUCAAAGUACAUAUUAAUACAUGGCAUGAGAGGAAAAUAAUUUUAACCUGCUCAAUAUGCGGAAAAGGAUUCGUCAAUGAAGGCAGCUACUCAUAUCAUAUGACAAACAAACACGUUAAAAGCGACGUGUAUGAAUGUACAACAUGCAAAAGGAAACUGAAAUCUUGGGACGGGUACAAAAAACAUCUAAAGGAACAUUCAUUGACUGCUCUGAAGUGCGAGGAUUGCGGCAGGCUAUAUAAAAAUAUGGUCACGUUAGAGAAGCAUAAUCUUCGUUAUCAUUCCUCGUAGCGACUGCCACGGUACUGAGUUGCUUGAUUCCAACAAGUGAACAAAAAGAAGCAUGACAUAUAAAGCAAGUUUAUACCAAUAAAAGAGCGGUCUAGCCAUUUCUUAUUGAUUUGG